AUGGAUGUGCCCAACGUCACGUCGUGUGUUGUGGAGGGCUCUGCGAACGCCUCGGCCGUCCCGAACGCCUCCUCUGGGGGCGCGCCCGAGGAAAUCCCAGCCGUGCACUGGGUGAUCAUGAGCCUGUCCCCGCUGGGCUUCGUGGAGAACGGGGUCCUCCUCUGGUUCCUCUGCUUCCGGAUGCGGAGAAACCCCUUCACCGUCUACAUCACCCACCUGUCCAUCGCCGACAUCUCGCUGCUCUUUUGUAUUUUUAUUUUGACUGUCGAUUAUGCUUUGGACUGCGAGCUCUCUUCUGGCUACCAAUACACGAUCGUCACGUUAUCGGCGACGUUCCUGUUUGGCUACAACACGGGCCUCUACCUGCUGACGGCCAUCAGCGUGGAGAGGUGCCUGUCCGUCCUGUACCCCAUCUGGUACCGAUGUCAUCGCCCCAAGCACCAGUCGGCGCUCAUCUGCGCCCUGCUGUGGGCACUCUCCUGCCUAGUGACCACCAUGGAAUAUGUCAUGUGCAUUGACGACGAAGGGCAGAGCCAUUCUCAAGGUGACUGCAGGGCGGUGAUCAUCUUCAUAGCCAUUCUGAGCUUCCUGGUCUUCACCCCGCUCAUGGUGGUGUCCAGCACCGUCCUGGUGGUCAAGAUCCGGAAGAACACGUGGCCGUCCCAGUCCUCGAAGCUGUACAUGGUCAUCGCCAUCACCGCUGUCAUCUUCCUCAUUUUCGCCAUGCCCAUGAGGCUCCUCUACCUGCUGUACUACGAGGACUGGUCGACGUUCGGGACCCUCCAGGGCGUCUCCCUGCUCUUCUCCACCAUCAACAGCAGCGCCAACCCUUUCAUUUACUUCUUUGUGGGCAGCCGUCGGAAGAAGCGGUUCAAGGAGCCCCUAAAGGUGGUUCUGAUCAGGGCUUUCAAAGAUGAGAUGCAGCCCCGGCGCCAGGAGGACAGCGGCAACCCCGUCACCAUCGAGACCGUCGUCUGA